AUCCCUUUAAGUUCUUCCAUAGUCAGCAUUUAAUGCUCAUUUUUCUUGCUUAAAGUAUUUAUAUAUUGGUAGUACGCACAAUCUUCAUUCAAAAAUUCAGCAAAGUACCAACAAUUAACAAUUUUAAUUUCAUCUUGUUUGAAUCAGUACACUUCAAACAUAUAUAUAGUAGAACCAAUUAACGGGGAUUUUCAUUUCAAAUGUCAAUCACCAAAAUCACUACUCUUCUCAUGAUGAUUUUCCUUCUUUUUCAUGCAUGUAAUGCUCGCUCACUUGGUGUCCUCAACAAGAAUGAAGAGAAACCAAAUAAUGGUAGGGUUUCCAGUACCCCAUGGGAUGCAAAAGCAAAACAGUCAUCAGCACAGCCAAAUAAAAGUGUGAAGGAAAAUAAUGAAAAAGAUCACUAUGGAGUUUCAGUCACUUGGAGGGUUCAUCAACAGAAAAGGGAAGAUCCACCACCAGAGUUUAACUUGGAUUAUUUACCAGCAAGAACACAUCCUCCUGUUCACAAUUAG